AUGAGCAACAUCAAACUAACCUUCGCCAGAAUCUCUGAUUCCUUGUCCAAGAAGAACAACAAGAAGCUCUUCUUGGCUCUCUUUGCUACCUUGGUUCUUGUGGUCGCCAUUGUCGCCAUAGUAAGCUCCCACAAGAGCUCCUACGACAACAAUGACAAGUCCACAUCCCACGCCAUCAUAAGAAGUGCUUGCAGCAGUACAUUGUACCCAGAAUUGUGCUUCUCAACCAUAGCCUCCGAACCUUCCCUUUCACAAAAAGUUUCCAGCCACAUAAAUGUGAUAGAGUUGUCCUUGAACAAAACCAUUGGAAUAGUUCAGCGCAAUUACUUCACCAUUGAGAAGCUCUUAACACGAAAGGGUCUCACCAAGAGGGCGAAAACCGCGCUCCAUGAUUGCUUGGAAAUCAUUGAUGAGACCCUCGAUGAGCUUGACAAGGCCAAGGAUGACCUCAAAGAUUACCCUUCUAGCAAGAAGUCUUUGCCUCAACAAGCUGAAGAUCUUAAGACUCUAAUCAGUUCUGCCAUAACCAACCAAGUUACUUGCUUGGAUGGUUUCUCUCAUGCUGCUGCUGACAAAAUCCUUAGGAAAUUUCUUGAUGCAGGACAAGUGCAUGCUGAGCACUUGUGCAGCAAUGCAUUGGCCAUGACAAAGAAUCUCACUGAUACUGACAUGGCCAGUUAUGAGAAGAAUAAGAUGGUGGGAAGCAAUAACAGGAAGCUGAUGGUGAAUGAUAAGAGAUAUAAUAAAAUCAUUCAUUGGCCGGAGUGGAUUUCUGCCGUGGACAGACGGCUUUUGCAGUCGGGUACGGUGAAUCCUGACGUGGUGGUGGCUGCGGAUGGCAGCGGGAACUUCAGGACGGUGUCAGCUGCGGUGGCUGCAGCUCCUGAGCGGAGUAGCAAGAGAUAUGUUAUUAAGAUCAAAGCAGGAGUAUACAGAGAGAAUGUGGAUGUGCCAAGCAGGAAGACCAACAUCAUGUUCUUGGGUGAUGGUAGAACCAAAACUAUCAUCACAGCAAGUAGAAAUGUUGUUGAUGGAAGUACAACCUUCAACUCUGCCACUGUAGCCGUAGUGGGUGAACGAUUCUUAGCACGAGGCAUAACUUUCCAGAAUGCAGCAGGUCCAUCAAAGCACCAAGCAGUGGCACUAAGAGUUGGUGGUGACCUCUCAGCAUUCUACUUGUGUGGCUUCAUAGCAUACCAAGACACCCUUUAUGUCCACACCAAUCGCCAAUUCUUUGUGAACUGCUACAUAGCAGGCACAAUCGAUUUCAUCUUUGGCAAUUCAGCUGUUGUGUUACAAAAUUGUGACAUCCACGCUAGGCGUCCAAAUGCAGGACAAAAAAACAUGGUCACAGCACAAGGUCGUGUUGACCCUAACCAAAACACUGGCAUUGUUAUCCAAAAAUGUAGGAUUGGUGCUACCAAGGAUUUGGAAGCUGUUAAGGGCACCUUCCCUACUUUUCUUGGUAGGCCUUGGAAGGAGUAUUCUAGGACUGUGAUAAUGCAAUCAACUAUAAGUGAUGUUAUUGACCCUGCUGGGUGGUUUGAGUGGGAUGGGGAUUUUGCAUUGAAUACUUUGUUUUAUGGGGAGUAUCAGAACACUGGGGCUGGUGCUGCCACCUCAAAGAGGGUUAAGUGGAAAGGGUUUAAGGUCAUUACUAGUGCUACUGAGGCUCAGUCUUUUACUCCUGGGAAUUUCAUUUCAGGUUCUAGCUGGUUGGGCUCUACUGGAUUCCCAUUCUCUCUUGGGCUGUAG